AAGGCCCCUCCUGCUGCGGCGAGGGAGCACCAUAAAAGCCCCGUUGCGACCCGCUCUCGACACCCGAUCCGCCGGUCCGCAUCCCUUGGAGAGGCGCGCCCGACAGCAGAGCACUCGCCAUCCAGCCUACUCCCUACCACCUGCCCGCCAGCCACCAUGCUGGGUUGCAAGCGACUGGGGCUGUCCCGACUGACCCUCGCCCUGUCCCUGCUGGCGUGCCUGGGCGCGCUGGCGGAAGCAUACCCUUCCAAGCCGGACAACCCUGGUGAGGACGCGCCUGCGGAGGACAUGGCCAGAUAUUACUCGGCCCUGAGGCACUACAUCAACCUUAUCACCAGGCAGAGAUAUGGAAAACGAUCUAGCCCUGAGACACUGAUUUCAGACCUCUUGAUGCGAGAGAGCACAGACAACGUUCCCAGAACUAGGCUUGAAGACCCUUCUGUGUGGUGAUGGGAGGUGAAACUUGCUCUCCAGUCUCUUCCUAUUUUUCAACCCAUAUUUCAUCCUGUACAACUAGAGUCUGCCCGUCCUACCAAGGCAUGUACCCCUGUGCUGAACUUGGCAGUGUUCUCCUUUGUAAUCUGUUUAAAUAAAGUAUCAUGCAUUCAAAAGUG